UAUUGUUGGACAUGGCUGGAGAAACAUCCACAGGUGUAUCAUUGGCUCUGCACAUCGCGUGUUUGCUGUGUGGCGCCGCACUGUGCAUGCCUACAGAAAUAAUACAAGACUUUGAUGUGGAUGGUGGCCGAGAUUUGGAUAUUUUUGAAAUCAAUGAAGAAGCAGGAUUAAAUCUGGUAGAAGGCGACAUUGUGCUUGGCGAGAAGCAAAGUCGGAACUCCAUAAUAGGCGAAGAGUACCGGUGGCCCACGACCAUCCCUUAUUACAUGGGGGAUGACCUUGAAAUCAACGCAAAAGGUGUGAUCCUGAAGGCUUUUGAGCAGUACCGCCUUAAGACCUGUAUUGACUUCAAGCCGUGGAGUGGAGAAGCAAACUACAUCGGCAUUUUCAAAGGCAGCGGCUGUUUCUCCUCGGUGGGCAACCAGCGCAUCGGGAGGCAGCGCCUGUCCAUCGGUAAAAAUUGCGAUCGCAUCGCCACCAUCGAACAUGAGUUCUUGCACGCUUUGGGCUUCUGGCACGAACAGUCCAGAGCGGACCGGGACGACUACGUGCAAAUCAUGUGGGACCGCAUCUCAGAGGGCCGAGAGCACAACUUCAAGAUCCACAACGACACCACCUCCAGCUCGCUGGGCAUCCCCUACGACUACGGUUCCAUGAUGCACUACAGCAAGACGGCCUUCCGCAACGGCUCCGAGCCCACCAUCGUCACCAAAAUCCCCGCCUUCACCGACGUCAUCGGCCAGAGGAUGGAGUUCAGCGACAGCGAUCUCCUCAAGCUCUCCCGCCUCUACAACUGCACUCGGGGCUCCACUUUUCUGGACUCGUGCGACUUUGAGCAGGAGAACAUCUGCGGGAUGAUUCAGGGGCCGGGCGACCAGGAGGACUGGCACAGGCUAUCCAAGGCAGCAGGCGGACCCGACACGGAUUACUCCAACAUGGGCAAAUGCACUGGUUCUGGCUAUUUCAUGCACUUCAACACGAACAGGGCCAACCCCGGUGACACAGCCCUUCUCGAAAGCCGAAUCCUUUACCCCAAGCGAGGUUAUCAAUGUCUGCAGUUUUUCUUCUAUAACAGCGGCGGCCUCAACGAUUCGCUCAAGAUCUUUGUGCGGGAGUACGACAAAGCUCACCCUGCGGGGACACUGCGCUUGAUCACCACCAUUGACGGACCCCCUCAGGACCUGUGGCAGCUGCACCAUGUCAGGCUAAACGCCACAAAGAAGUUCCGUGUGGUCUUCCAGGGAACCAAAGCAGGUGCGGGACCAUCUGCAGGUGGAUUGUCUCUGGAUGACAUCAACGUUUCCGAGACCAUGUGUCCCGAGUUUGCGUGGCGCGUGAAGAAUUUCAGCCACGUGAUGGAGAACACCCCUGUGGACACGGCCAUCUACAGCCCACCCUUCACCUCCAAGGAGGGCUACACCUUCCAGAUGAAGCUCUAUCCCAGCGGGAAGGCCAGUUCCUUGGAACAAAUGGCGGCCUACGUGAACUUGGUGGCCCGCGAGGGCGACAGCGGGCAGAAGUGGCCUUGUUCUUGGAAGCAAAUGACCAUGAUGCUUAUGGACCAGCACCCUCACAUCCAGAAGCGCAUGUCCAACCAGCGCAGCGUCACCACCGAUCCCAGCAAGCUGAUUACGGACUCCAACAGGCUCUUCUGGGAUGACCCUCGAAAGGUGGGCGUCGAGGUGACGGACUCAGACGGCUCCAAGUACUUCCGAGGACCAGGCACCGGGACGUCGGUGUACCUCACCCACCUAAGAGCCAGGAGCAGAGAUUUCAUCAAGGGAGGGGAUGCCAUCUUUCUCCUCAGCAUGGAGGACGUGUCGCAUCUGACUGAAAGCCAACCUUUGCCAACCACAACCCCUUCGUCGAGUACAUUUACAGCCCCUGCCAAUUCAUCCAUUAGCAUGCCGCCUACCACCAACACCGAAUCUCCCCCUGGCUCUUGCGUGCGGUGUCAAAAUGAUGGCGUGUGCGUGCAAGAACACGGGAAGGCGGUUUGCCGGUGUGCCGUGGGGGUCGAUUGGUGGUUCUACGGCGACAGCUGCCAGCAUAGAGGCUCCCAGGCGGACAACAGAACCCUCGUCCUGGCCUCCUCGUUGUCCGUGCUGGGCGUCAUGCUGGUGGUGACCUUGACCACCGCUGUUUGCCUGAAGAAGAAGUACAUGAAGCAAGGUUAUGAAAACAGCCUCGUCAUGGGGAACAUGGGAAGAGUAGCGUGA